AACUCCUUAAUCUAGGAACCAAGCGCAACCGUGGACGUGUUUCCUUUCGGACAUUCACACUUGUGACACAUUUCCGAAGUACACAUUUCAGCAUGGCGUGGAGAAAAAUGUGUAACGUUGGAUCUCUAAUUGUGUACAGCAUAACGAUUGUUGCGGCGUUGUAAUUAUUCAUUUAGCUCUUUAUAGAGGUGAAAUAUUCCUGUUUAAACCAUGAGUACCGAUUAGUUAUGUUAUUGUUACUUAGCAAAUGUAGCUAAAGUUAGCGAAUUCGUUAAUGUUUGAGCUUCUGAUCACAUGUUAGCAGAGCUAGUAAACUUAUAGCAAGUAGCUAACUUACUGAGCUACAUAACGUUUGAAGUAUAUUGGUCUGUCAAAAGCUAGUCAUUUAGCAAGGUUAACUUUUUUUAAUGAGAUAUUAAGAGUAUAAAGUGGAAGUCCUGGCUGUCAUUACUCUCACUCUGCUUCCCACCAAGAAAUCAGAACCGAGUUUACAGCAAGAUUUUCAAAAGCAAAGCUCACAGCCAUCGAGACAUGAUGUGUAAAGUCAAACCAGAGAAAACGGACUCUGCUGCUUCUAAAAUGCCAAAAUCCAGUCAGAGUCAAACGAAAAAGAAACCUCUAAAGAAAACGUUUUAUCAACACACCAAGAAAAAAGAGCCCAUUUCAAAAGAUCAAGGUAAAGCCAAGGCGUUGCUUCCCCCGAAAGAUGCCCAACAGUUUUCAACCAACUGGAAAACGUUACUAGAGGUGUUCAAAUCCAACCCCCCUCCUGUGAAAAGACAACUGUUUCAGCAGAACUCAAAGAAGGAAGUCCCUAAGAAACCCACCAAAGACAUUUCAAAGAAGGACGAGACUCAUAAGAAACAAACUAAAGACAUUCCGAAGGAGGUGGCGGUGGUGCAUAAGAAGCCUGCUAAGAACUUAUCAAAGACAGUGACUGAUGCCAAGGCAACUAAGCCCAAGCAGGUUAACAGUGGGAAAGCAUGGAAGGACAGUUCUGUUCCUAGUAAAACUCAGGUGAAUGGGAUAGAUCCAGGACGAUCGGGGACAGAACAGCCCAAAGCCAAGAAGAGGAAACAGAGCAGUGUCCAGAUAGACAGCAAUGCACAGUUGAAGAAGAAGAAAGUAGAAGUGGAGGAAAAGAAACCCACUGAAUCGGACAUGUGGUUUGAUGAUGUGGACCCUGACGACAUUGAGGCCACAGUGGGAACAGAGGCAGCCGAUAUCAUGAGGAAGAUCCAAGGCACUCGGAAGACAGAUGCCCAGACCACAGAGAGCGCGCUGGUUAAGGACAGGGCAUUUGAGGGCCUGACCAAGGCGGUGGCUAUGGACUGUGAGAUGGUGGGUGUGGGGCCAGAUGGAGAGGACAGCAUCGUAGCCCGGGUCUCCCUUGUCAACCAGUUUGGAAAGUGCAUCUAUGACAAAUUCGUCAAACCCACAGAGAAGGUGACGGACUACAGGACAGCUGUCAGUGGCAUCCGACCAGAUGACAUCAAAAACGGUGAGAAUGUGAAGACCGUACAGAAAGAGGUGGCUGAGAUCCUCCAGGGGAGAACGCUUGUGGGACACGCCAUUCACAAUGACCUCAAGAUUUUGUUCUUGGAUCACCCAAAAAAGAGAAUCCGAGACACCCAGAAGUAUAAACCUUUCAAGAAAAUUGUGAAGAGUGGUCGGCCCUCUCUGAAACUCCUGUGUAGAGAAAUACUCGGUGUCAAAGUACAACAGGGAGAACAUUCAUCCGUCCAAGACGCCCAGGCGACCAUGAGGUUGUACACGGUGGUGAAGAAACAUUGGGAGGCAGAGAUCAAGGCUAGUCAUAACAACCCGGAGUUAACCAAGAAGACCAAGGAACCAAGGAAGCCCAAAUCACCCAAACACAAAUGAACCUGACUGACUGAACUGCAUCAGUCUGUAAUGGGACUGAGGACUCACCCUUGACUAGAUGGCACAGGACAGGAGGCUUGAUUGAAUUAACAAUUGUUUCUUUUAGAAGUGAACUUGCACUUUGAGUGAGGUCUUAGUGAAUUGAGGAAUCUCUUGGUGACCCAUAAGGAUUACACAAAACGGUUUGAUCAAAUUAAUAUGGACUUUAUUCAAAUCCCACUCAACCCUAAUCAUUCAGAAAGUUGGUCAUCAGAAACAGCCUAGUGCCGCUUUAACUAUGCAUGGAUCUUUCAUUCAUUGCUAUAUCAGUUUUCUGGUUCGAAUGUUUUAAAAUGUGGUAUUUUUCAGAUUUAACAUCCAUGUCUUGAUGUUGAAUAUCUGCAGUUUAAAUUCCAAGUGUUUGGAUUAUGUGUUGCCUUUGUAUUUGAGAGUUUUUCAUGAAUUAAAGGUUAGAUAUUUAAAUCACAAGUAAUAACUAGGAGGAAAAAUGUUGAUCCAUAUGGAGAGAAUACCAUGGGCGAGUUCGUAAAUUUGCUCUGGCCAUCUACUAUAACUGAUGAAUUUAAGAACGUUCGACAUGACUGGUGUCAGUAAAUGUUGGCAAAAAUGCAAAUUUGCAGCAAAGUUAGUCACCAAUGCUCUGGAUAACAUGAAAAAAGCCUAAACAGCUCUGCUAGGGUGAGUAAAAUGGUCAGAGUGAGGUGUUCUCUAAUUUUUGUAUGGAAGUAGCUAUCUAGCUAGCUCAUUUUAGCCGGAUAGUUUGACUGCCGUUAAGGUCAGAACGCUCGGAUCAACCCUACUCCUUGGCCAGAGCAAAACGCUCUGAAUUUACGGACGCCCAAAGCGCUCUGGCACUCCAGAGUGAAUUUACAAACGCACCCCCAUAUAACUAGCAACCAAGUUAGUAUGCUCAUUUUGACCUUAUAGUACAUUACAUCAUAAAAAGCAACAAAGACAAACUAAAUUCACUUCGAUUCAACAUAACUAAACAGAAGAAUACACAGAAACACUUUAAAGCAAACUAGAGGUCUGGGCUGCAAAACUCAUUCCUAUUGCAUGGGGCAAGCUGUUAGUGUUUGAGGUUCCAGAGUGGUGCAGCAGUUUAAGGCAAUGCAUCUCAGCGCAAGAGGUGUCACUACAGUCCCUGGUUCAAAUCCAGGCUGUAUCUCAUCCAGCUGUCAUAGUAAAUACAAAUUUGUUCUUAACUGACUUUCCCAGUUAAGUAAAAAAUAUUUUAGAUCAUUGUUCCAUAACGCUAUAGUGUAACCAUUAAGGACUUGUAUGUGCCCAGAGGUAAGGCUUAGUGUCCCUCUUGUAUAUGGGGUGAAUCUCUUUUAGAAUAUGUCUAGCAAAUUGAGUUACAAAACCAUGAUGAACCUGCCAAAAUCGACUAUCAUUCCGAGAACCAAGAUGUCUUUUGGGGAAGGAGUCUUGUUUUAAACCCAUUUUACAUUUACCCGAAUUUUUCACAUUUUCACCCCAAAAUCUUAUUCCCGAAAUGCACCCGGAUUAAAUUCUCAGGUCAUUUUAUAAAGCUUAAUUUAUUUGAAUAAAACAAAGUUUACAUUAAACUAUAUUUAUUACAUAGUGUCUGGACAUGUGUCAAAAAAUGUUCUAGUUCCUGUAAAAACUCCAAUCAGGUUUUAUUCAUCCAUUAUGCAUCAUCUAGAGUACCCCAUUUGGCCUUCUCAUUACCAAAAUUGCUGAAGAGCUCAAAUAGGGAAAAAGUUAUUUCAUUUGAAAUAUUUAUUUUCAGUGUUAUGUUUAACUCAAGCCUUUUCAUUAGGGGAGCAAUGUUAAAAUAAAAUAUUGAUUUGUUUAUAACUUUUUUUGGUCUGUUACAGUAAUGAAAAUGUUGGUAAAAUGCAUAAUAUCUGAAACUAUUGAAAUAUAUAUUUUGAACCUUUAUUUAACUAGGCAAGUCAGUUAAGAACAAAUUGUUAUUUACAAUGACACCCUAGGAACAGUAGGUUAACUGCCUUGUUCAGGGGCAGAAAGACACAUUUUUACCUUGUCAGCUCGGGGAUUCAAUCUAGCAACCUUUCGGUUACUGGCCCAACGCUCUAGUUAACUGUGAAGCUACAUUAGAUAGCUGCUAACACGCCUAUGUUGCAUAUUAUUUUGAACUAUGAGCCUAAAUAGUGUUCCAUAUAUUUCUAAGUGAUAUAAUAUCGCUUGUGUGCCUGUAGUGUUUGAUUCCGUUUAACAAAAGCUGGUUCAUUUGUAUGUGUAUGUGGAUAGUACCUAUGCAUUGGUUAAAGUGACCUUCAAUAGUGUUCUUGCUAGUUACCCUGUAUGAUGUAUAUAGAAAAUAAAAAUAUGCCUAACUGAGAACCAAUCAUGGGUGACCAUUUUACUGAUUGAAAUGUUUUCCAAUCCAGAGAUAAUGUGCGAGAUGCACUACUGUAAGAGGUGUGGCCAAACAAGUUAACUCUAUGCAUUACUUUUCACCAAAAGAGUCAACCAAAAAAACAACAGCAUGUUGCUGAACACAUUUCACCUGUGAUCAGAGGUUGGACAGAAGAUUGUAUCUCCUAUCUGACUAAGGAAAAGGCCUAAUAUGUGCUUUGUGUGCUGUGUUAAACACUAUUAGUCUCUGAAUCAAGACAUUAUCUCAUCACAGUCCUUAAAACUUUAACAUUCUGCUUCCAUGGGUCAGAAGGCUAGAUCGCACUAGGAUUUGUAGAGUCGAAAACAAACAUUCUGAAGUGGCAUAGAUCAACCGGGUUCUAGGUCAAUUCAGGUUCCAGAAGAGAACAACAAUAGAUGGGCCCUAAAGAAAGGCUAUAGUGCUUUAGAACCUAAUUCAAUUCGUAUCGCAGAGGUUCAGCGCUAUAGCGUGAUUAAAAUGUUAAAGUAGUUUCCGAUUGAGCCGACACGUGCAUCGUUUACCGUGAAUGCAGUCUCCACGAAAGUGGGAACAUUACCUUUGAAUUUCAAUUGCACUACAGCGCUGAACUUCAGAGAGAUGUAUUGAAUUGAGCCCUUAAUCUGUUUUUCUUCUCAUGAUAUACACAACCUGUAGCAACCUGUGACUGUUUGAUUACAAGCAAAUUUGUAGAAUGCCCCAAAAGCUGAUAAGAUAGUUCCAUCUUAUCUGUGCACUGAAAACCGUUGUUAGAACUAUGUCACAGUGAAUCCUAUGUCCUCUGUAAACAUGCAAUGUUGUCAAUGUUUGUUCAAAGUGUUCAGUUGAAAACUGAAUAUUGGUUACUUCAUAUCUCAAGUAAUCAAUAUAAAAGAGGACUCCCAUCUUUGGGUACACUGGGUGGAUAUACAUUUGGGAUUACUGUCCCAAUGGCCGAAUUUCCAAUUGCCGGUGGCACAAACAGAGGAAGAUGACUUGGGAAAAUCCUUAACAAAAACUACAAUUCCACUUUCACCAUCGCCCAGGUUUCCUGAAAGGCGGAUUGGCUAAAAUGGUACAUUCCUUUUCCUACUUGCAAAAAAUGGAUACCCCAGUAACCAGGACAACAAAACAGCACA